UGUGAGGACCACGCACGCGCUCGCUCCUCCUGUAUUUAUCACAUGUCAGUCAUGAGGGAGGCACGGGUCCUCUGCCUGUCUGUCUUCAUUGUAAACAGUCACACCCACAUCCACACUCUCCGAUCAAAGAGAGAUCUUUUGGGAGUGGAUAUCUACAGAGAUUUGAACACCUCACCGUCCUCGGCUAACUCUCCCCCCAACUCUUGGCUGUACAAGUUCCCUCCGUGGUUCCUACCUGGGAACCCCGCACCAGAGGGCUUUCACUCUCACCGAGACACACACAAAGCUGGCACUCCCGAGUUCUCCAUGGUAGACGACGGCGACAUCCUCAUCAUCGACAACUUUGGCGUUAGUGAUCUCGUUGGUCACAUUAACAACGUUAGAGUCCCUGGCAACUCAGCGUUCCGAGACGAAGUAGUGCAGACACUUCUUGAUGUUAAGUAUAGUAGAGGUCAAAACCCUGCUUUCCGAAAAGGGAAAGUCGCUUCUGAAGGCACAUCUGGUGAAUUGGUGACUCCCUGGUUAGUGCCCCAGAGCGUGCCAGAGCCACCCCUGCCCUCCCCGGUCCCUACUGCGCCUAUCUCCCUCCACGACAACCAUGACAACGACGUAAGGGAUCAAACCCACGGAGGGAAAGUUAAUCUCGUUAAUACAGCGUUGCGGCCUAACGAAGCCUUCCCUUUCAUUUCAGACAAUGAAGAUGUUUUUCGGACAAUAACGUCAUCAAGAGAGCCCACUCCAACAGACGUUGAUAACAAAGGGUUCCGGCCGAGCCCCUUUGACCGGUUGCGUACUGCGCGUCCCAUCAACAGAGCUCAGGUUGAACAUUCUUCCAGUAACAAAGAUACCUUCCGGCCAUCGAAGCUGAUCUCCGUGACUCGUGUGUCCGAGGACUCGUCACCAGGAGCUCCAGCGGUAACUUCGCCAGGACAGAAACAUGGCGUCGGCAACAGUAACUUUCAGCACAAUAUUAUCAGCAAAAACUUUUUUAGAGACCGACAAGCUUUUCUGCUCAAGGCAUCAGAUCGGCCACGAUCAUCGAGAACCUUGAUUCGUGGCAACGACAAUGAUAUCGGGAAUCCCCAGUUGAUCAGCAAACAAGAUGACCCAUUAUGGGUACCCUUUGUCCCAGGUGUACCUUUGUUCCUCCAGCGAAGCAGAAGGCUGUCACAAACCGGGAGCCGAGGAGAACCCCUACGAAAUAAAGAUCACCCUCACAAUUCACAGCUUGACACUUUAGGAAGCCCACAGGAUGUAGUCAGCGACCCACAGCUCCGAAAUCGAGAAGAAUCGGAAUCAAACUCUUUUCAGUUACCCUCGAGCAUCCAGGAUAUUAUCAACAGCGACUCUGACACAGCCCAGCCGCUGUAUAUCAGAGAACCCAUCUCUGUCACCUCAAGCCGUGGGACAUCAUCAAACAGAGGAGGCGACGGAAGCGACAGAUGGUCCUGGCCGACGUUUUGAGUGGCAAGAUUGUGAUUAUAUCCCGCUUAGUAGAUUGUAAUUGACACGCUCAGUGGUAUUCGACUCACAUCACACACAUUGACCCUGCGUCGCUACACACACACAUUGACCCUGCGUCGCUGCACACACACAUUGACCCUGCGUCGCUACACACACACAUUGACCCUGCGUCGCUGCACACACACAUUGACCCUGCGUCGCUGCACACACACAUUGACCCUGCGUCGCUGCACACACACAUUGACCCUGCGUCGCUGUACACACACACAUUGACCCUGCGUCGCUGUGCACACACAUUGACCCUGCGUCGCUGUACACACACAUUGACCCUGCGUCGCUGUACACACACAUUGACCCUGCGUCGCUACACACACACAUUGACCCUGCGUCGCUGUACACACACAUUGACCCUGCGUCGCUACACACACACAUUGACCCUGCGUCGCUGUACACACACAUUGACCCUGCGUCGCUGCACACACACAUUGA